AUGCGGAUCCCACAGGGAGAAGAAUGGCUGGGACUGGGACCCUUCCGGACGGUUCUGGUGCCCAAGGUGUACUUUUUCACCGUGUCCGCGGGGCUGGUGUUCCUGCUUCCGUUCGUCAACGUCUUCUACCGCGAAAUCGGAUUCAGCGAGGAGCUCAUCGGAGUCCUGUGCUCGCUCAUCGUGUCGGCCGCCGACGCCAGCCGCCGCCACAUGGCGGUGCUGCUGGCCGUCUACCUGACCGCCUUCAUAGGCCGCUCCUUCAUCACCUUCUUCACCGCAUUCUCCGUCCAGCUGGCCCUGGCGCUGCUGACCGAGGCGGCGGCCAGCCCCAUGGGCGCCCUGGUGGAUGCAGCCGUCAUGGCCUCGGCCACCGAUGAGGGCGGUUACGGCCGCAUCCGCAUGUAUGCGUCGGUAGGGUGGGGCCUGACCGCGCCGCUGGCGGGCUGGGUGGUGGCAGCCUUUGGCCUGCGGGCCGCCUUCCUGUGCUACACCUUCCUGGUGGGCGCCUGCCUGCCCCUGGCAGCGCUGAUGCCCAUGGAAGUGCUGGCCGCGCCCAAAGCGGCGGCCCAGGCGGCGCCGGCCGCAGGCGACGCAGGCAGCCAGCUGUGCUGCCAGGGCGCUUCCUUCGAGCAGCUGGGGCUGGGGUCUGACGGUGCCGGCACCAGGAGCGACGCGGAGAACUUCAGCGUGCACGUGAGCGGCGGCAGCGAGGGCCAGCUCCCGCACCUGGCGACCAAGGAGGGCAGCAGGCACGGUUGCGACGGCAGCGCCAAGCGCUGGAGCAUAGGCACCGCCCUGCAUGCCGCCCCCGAGCCCCACCACACCCAGGACCCCGGCAGCAGCCCCAGGCCUGUGAUCCACCUCGUCGCCGACGCCCGUGGCGGCGGCGCCCGCCUGCUCUCCAGCCCUGAGCGCCCGCUGCUGAGCCCCAGCAGCUGCCCCUCCUCCCCCGACGCCCCUGCCAUCGACCGCACCUGGCACACCACCACCACCACCACCUGCAGCACGAGCACCCUGGAGAUUGCCGCCGGCCCCAGCAAAGCCCGGCUGGCGGGGCCGGCGGGCGGCCCGGGGCCAGCGGGGGGCGCCCCCACCAGCGUGUGGCGGGGCGUCAGGGCGCUGCUGGGGGAUGUGCAUGUGGCGGUCUUCUUCUUCUUGGCCUUCCUCAUGGGCGUCGGCAACGGCGUCAUCGGCUACCUCUUCCUCUACCUGGAUGAGCUGGGCGCGUCGGGCACGCUGAUGGGCCUGUGCCUGUCCUCCAACUGCGCCGCCGAGGUGCCCGUCUUCUUCUUCUCGGGCCGCCUGCUGGCGCGGCUGGGGGUGGAGCGGGCGCUGCACCUGGCCAUGGCCGCCUACGUGGCGCGCCUGCUGGCCUACCUGGCCCUGCCCCUGCUGCCCUCCGCCUGGCUGGUGUUGCCCGUGGAGCUGCUCCAGGGCUGCACCUUUGCGCUGGCGUGGUCGGCGGGGACAGUGCAGGUGAAGCGCAUCGCGCCGCCGCACCUCAGGAGCACCGUGCAGAGCCUGUUCCAGGGGCUGUACACGGGCAUAGGUGCUGGCCUGGGAGGUUUGGUCGGGGGGCUGCUGUACGGCUCGCUCGGCGCCUCCGCCCUCUUUCGGACCGCCGCCCUGGCGCUGGCGGCUGGCUGGCUGGGCGCCCUGGCCGUCUUGCGCGUGUGGGGCGGCAGCAGCGGAGGCUACGCUGCCCAGCAGGUGCAGCAGAGUGCCGAGGGGCAGGGGCAGCUGGAGAGGCAGGCCAGUGGAGAAGAGGGGGAGGCUGCCGCCCUGCUGCGCCCCUGA